CAGGGUCUUGCCGGGUGGCUGAGGCUGACUUUGAACUUGUGAUCCUCCUGCCUCAGCCUCCCGCAUUGCUGGGAUACAGGCCUGCGCCACUGCUCCCAGCUGAAUGAUCGUGAUUCAUUUUUUAAAAAUCGAAGUGAAGCUAAAUGCCCACUGGAGUGUAGGACCAAGGUGGACCUGAGGAGUGGGCUGCGUCCCUGCAUCAGUGUAGUCGUGUUCUGGGGCAAGGGUGAGAUGUGACCAGUGGCUGCUUUUCUGUCCUCGGCAAGGGCCAUCCUAGGAGGUACAGAUGACUGCGGCCCAUGCCUGACUGAGUCCUGAGAAGUCCCCAAGUGCAGGCCUGUGUGUUUAUUAUUAUCACAAUGCCCCGUGGCCAACACCGCAGACGAGAAGCAAGGUCUGUGAAUGCCAUGGCUGACCUGGAUUCAGAGAGCGGUGGCAAGGGCUCUGUAGAGGAGUGACCACUUGUGACCAGGGCUUAUACUCCAUAGACUUGGUGGGCAUGGCCCCCACGUGCUUAAACCAACACGGUCCCUCCGUGGGUUCCAACCGAGUCAUUUUUCUGAGCAGCUAAUAAGAAAAGCGAAGAAGGGGGACCGGCUGGGGAAUUUGGCAUCUCGGGUGGGAGGCCACAGAGAACAUGGAAAGAGAAGGCACUGGCCACCGGGACGCCUGUCAGCUUAGGAGGACUGUCUCCUGGUGCCCCAGAGAAACUGAGUUGCUGAGGAGGGGAGUGGCUUACCAGCGUUCCUACCCUGGUCGCCGCCGACAGCCUCCUGGGGACCAAGCCCAGGUCUCUGGAGAGCGCGUUUCUUACCCUGUUCAAUCAUUGACUCACUCGGGGCCUCUGCUUUCCCAAUAAUGACAAGGAUGACUUCUAGGAAGCUCUCCUAAGGAACUGGCUUCAAAUAGUGAUGACAGAACACCCACCGACUCAGUAGUGUUCACCGAUGCCUUAUUUGUAAUCAGUGAAAUACUAGAAAAAAAUAUUAUUCCAUAUCAGAGCAGCUAGGUGCAUCCUACCAUCCUAGUACACACUCACCCUUGCCCAGAAAAUUCAAGUCUGGUAGGUAAGAGGACCAAAUCCUAAUGGUGGUUAUUUCCAAAUUGUGGAAUUAUGGAUUUUUUUUCCUCUCGUCUAUAUUUUCAAUCUUUUAAAAAUAUGGUCAUAGUGGGCCCAGUGUGGUGGGGCACGCUUAUGAUCCCAGUGAUUCAGGAGGCUGAGGCAGGGGGGUCGCAAGUUCAAGGUCAGCCUGAGCAACUUAGAGAGAGAGACUCUGUCUCAAAAUAAAAAGGACGGAGGAUGUGUUUGAUUCCCAGUAAAACACAUACAUACCCACAAGUUAUGGUCAUAGUGGGGAAAAUUAAUUUAUUUUUCAAAAGAGAAAGGGCUGGGCCUAUAGCUCAGUGUUGAGCACGUGUGAGGCCCUGGGUUCGAUCCCCAGCCCCACCAAACAAAGAGACAGUAGCAUGGUCUGAUUGGGUGACUCUCCAGUUCUUCCGUCCUGUGAUCCUUUGGGCCUGGGUGCUGUCCCCAGGUGUCUACACAUGUGUUUGGUGGAAGAAAAAGGAGUCCCACAUUAUCCCAAGGGAAAGGCCGCCUCUUUUGGGAAGCGGAAGGGGGUGAUUGUAGUCCAGGGGCGUUGCUGAUGCUCGGUGAAUCUGUGGGCGUGUCUCUGGGUCUGGAUGUGCCACAGGUGCCUGGCUGCAGGGUGGUUUGUUUAUAUCCCACCGUGUGUGGCCAAAGCCGGAGCUGUGUGGACACACCCCAGGGGUUCCCUUUGCCUCCAGAGCUUGCCCCUGGUGGGAAGAGGCUCUUGCAGCUUCCCAGAGGUGGAGGGAUGGUGCACCUGCCCUGUUCCAGUUUCUAUUCCCCCUUUCUUUGCAGGAAGCUGCUGCUCAGCCAAACCCACGUUGGUGUCUAUGGUUUGCAGCUUCAGAACCCUGACCCCGAGAAAACCUAUCACCUCCUGCGUGGGGUGCUGCGCAUCCAAAAAGGGUGUUGGCCUGGGAACCUGGAUGGCUGCUUCUUGUCCCAACACCUUGGCCAGUUAGCCGUGGGACCUUGGGCGAGUGACCUCCCCGGCCUAGGCUUUCUCUUCCUGUAAAAUGUAGACGCUAGAGUCGGUUUUUAAGAGCUCCUUCUGGUCCCCACCCUGUGUGUCUAAUAACUCACUUUAAGAGCUUGGCACCGACAGGCCAAAUUGGUGGUUGGUAAAUAUUUUAAGGUGCUGUUCUAUUGCCAUCGCUGUCACAGUUGAUUAGCUUGGCAUUCAUGUUUCCUAUUCAGUUACACAAACCUACACGAUUCUGCUGCACACCAGGAAGCCACGUUCCCUUUAUCUCCAGGGGAGGAGAAGAUGCAUUCCAGGGACAAAGGGGUGUGGCUGGCGAGGCUCGGGGGACAGCAGAGAGCGCGUGCUUACAGGCACACCUGCCCUUCUGUGUGUGGAGAUGCGUGUGUGUGGCGUGUGCACCUGCCCACGUGUGUUGUGCCCUCCACGGUGGGUUUCUUUUCCCCCUUAAAUUUUCCCUGAUGACUGCGCCAAGAACACGUCUGUAUGGGUAGGUGUUUUCACCAGCUGUCAAGCCAGCAAUUCAGUGGGGCGCCUCUUAAUCGCUGGGCACAAAUUUACCAGCAUGGUGGGCGUUUGUGGAAGCUGCUUCUGCAGGCGUUUCAUGAAACCACUUGUUCUCCAUCGCACCAAGGAAUGAUGUGGUUCUGCACCCUGUGGUUGUGUGGCCCUGAGCAGAUCAAGGAAUAUUCACGCCAACCGACUCCAGGCAUCGGCAAGAACGUCAUCUGUGACCGCACAGCCACACCGCUGGAUGCCUUCCGCAUGAUGUCAGCAGCACAUUACUACCCCAAGCUCAUGAGCAUCAUGGGCAACGUGCUGCGCUUCCUGCCGGCCUUCGUGCGCAUGAAGCAGCUGAUCGAGGAGGGCUACGUGGGCGAGCUGCUGGUGUGCGAGGUGCAGGUGCACAGCGGCAGCCUGCUGGGCAAGAAGUACAACUGGAGCUGCGACGACCUGAUGGGCGGCGGCGGCCUGCACUCGGUGGGCACCUACAUCAUUGACCUGCUCACCUUCCUCACCGGCCAGAAAGCCGUCAAGGUCCACGGGCUGCUCAAGACCUUUGUCAAGCAGACAGACCACAUCAAGGGCAUCCGCCAGAUCACCAGUGACGACUUCUGCACCUUCCAGAUGGUGCUGGAGGGCGGGGUGUGCUGCACCGUCACCCUCAACUUCAAUGUGCCCGGCGAGUUCAAGCAGGAUGUGACUGUGGUGGGCUCGGCCGGGCGCCUGCUGGCGGUGGGCACCGACCUGUACGGGCAGCGCAACAGUGCCCCCGAGCAGGAGCUGCUGCUGCAGGAUGCCACGCCCGUGAGCAACUCCCUGCUGCCCGAGAAGGCCUUCAGCGACAUCCCCUCGCCCUACCUUCGUGGCACCAUGAAGAUGAUGCAGGCCGUGCGCCAGGCCUUCCAGGACCAGGACGACCGGCGCACGUGGGACGGGCGGCCUCUCACCAUGGCCGCCACCUUCGACGACUGCCUGUACGCGCUGUGUGUGGUGGACACCAUCAAGAGGUCCAGCCAGACCGGCGAGUGGCAGAACAUUGCCAUCAUGACGGAGGAGCCUGAGCUGAGUCCCGCCUACCUGAUCAGCGAGGCCAUGCGCCGCAGCCGGAUGUCCCUUUACUGUUAGCACAGACUAAGGACCUGCAGGACUUCGACCUUCUGUGCGGGGCCCAGAGAAGGGGAAACACAUAAGGGUGAGAGGGUGGUGGUCAUGGGGAUCGUGGGAGUUGGGGACAGAACACUAGUAGAUGGUAUCUGAGAAGGUGAGCCCCAGCCCAGGUAAGGGCCCCCAAUAAAGAGUGUCGGUGGGCUGAGCUCACAGCCAGGGCGUAGGCAGAAGAGCCUGCCGUCCUCCACACGUCUUUUGCCAGGUUUUGCAUGAGUGGGAAGAAGGCUCGCUGCCUCUGCUGCCCUUUACUGAGAAGCUAGGAGGGGUUGCUUCCCUCCCUACCUCAUCCACCCCCACACCUUGGCCUCCUUUGCAAGCCAAAUGGCCCUGCAUCAGGGGGCAAGGCCAUGGGAGCCAGGCUCCCGCCACACCUGCCACUGGCAGGAGAUGGCACAUCAUCUCAUGUCCUCAUAAGCCUAUCAGUCUAGGGAGAGAUGGAAGUGGGUUGGGUAGGUGAGGCCACUUUUUAGUCUACUUGAAGUGUCUGAAGGGAAACUCCUUAGAAGCAAAGGGUUUAGCUUCCUUGAUUGAUCUUCCUCAUGGGGAGCCCUAGGGCAUGUCUGGUUCCUUAUCCUUCUCCCUGUGGGGUAAGGAAGCAUUGUCCCUUGGCUGAUGUUGGAAAGAUCAGGAAUGGCAGCAGAGAGCAGGGUUCCCUUAAGCUGAAAGGGGUGAGCAAGAACACACACUGCACGGGAACAGGUGAGGCAGAGAGUAAACCCUCCCUCUGAGCUUGUCAACAAUGCAAAAACUGAUUUAUAACCUUUCCAGGAAUGGCGGAAUGAGUGAGAGCCAUUCACACAACGCCGCACCAAGUGUGGGUCUGACUGCAAGUUCCCACGCUGCCCUGGGUCAGCCACUGUGCCCCAGGGUUGCAGUGUGAGUCCCCAAACAGGGAAAAUGAGCAUAGCCCUGGAGUUGCUUUGGGCUCCAACACCAAGCUGGGCUUCCCAGCUUGGUAGAUUGAAAAGGGAAGCCUUCAGUUCCACUCAGAAUUCUCUUAAGAUGAGAAGACAAGGCUCUUUCCCUUAGCUUUGGCUUCUAGAAUUCUGACACCUGAAAACUACUGAAUAUCUAUCAAAAAAGAUAACAAGGAACAUGAUUUUCAGUGUUUCUAAAAUGGGGGUUUGGAGGCCUCGGAGGGCUGUAUGUCAGGGCGGAUCAGGCUGAAGGUGGAAAAUCUUCUACUUGCCCCCUGGCUCUCUUGUAUUUUCACCCACUUUUCCAGCUUCCAUUAGCGACAGCCAACUGCAAGCUCAAGAGUGGGCAGUGCCAAAAGGGAACGGCUAGUCGCAUGGGCCCAUAUACUCAUUUGUAAAUACUUACCAUCAUCAAAUGUCCCCCAAAUCAGUUUUUUAAAAUUCAGGUCUGACCUUGAAAGAAAGACCAAGUCAAGUACAUUUUGAAAUGUGGAAUUAUUGUUGUCUUUGCUAACUUUUCACACACACCCCCAUCCCAUAAUACAUUUGUGAGGCUGGGUGUGGGGACUAGUCCUCGUAAGUCUACGUAGCUUUUGUUCACAGAUUUCUGAAGUCAAACAGGUGUCUUUGGCGUACAGCUGGGGUGUAGACUUCCUUUUGGAUAACCAGCAAUAGAACUAGAAGGGAAUUAAAGGCCCUGGAGGCCACUCCCAGCCUCUAAAUGGGCAACAUUUGAAAAGGAACAGUCCCAAUAGAGGUGUCCUCCGUCCUCCUCCCUGGAGUCGAUACACUUCAAAGCCCCCAGGCUGCUCCUACACACAGGAAUAGUCCUGGAUGUAUCUAAGCACCAGGGAAAUGUUCAUCUUCUAGGACAAAAGAAUAAAUCUUGCUUUUCUUGGAAGAAUCACCCUGUUCCCUGGGCCCCUACUGCAACAUGGUGGGGUUUGUUAGCAGAAAUUCCAUGACAUGGUUAUGUUCCCUGAUAGGUUGACACACUUCAAAAUUGGGAGAUGUGGUGGAUGAAAAGUGUCCCAGUGCUAGUUGGAGCAAAGGGCCCCAUUUCUGGACUAUUUGGGUUUCUGUUCUAAAUUGCCCUUUGGAGAAGUAGUUUUUGUGAAAACUGUAGAAAGAAUUAUUUUUUUCCUAGCUUGCCUGAAAGGCUGUGAUUAAGGAUGAAGGGAAAUAAAACUAGGUGACUCCACAGGUUUCAUUUUUCUACAUCAUUUGUAGUCUAAGUAGAUGUUCUUUGAGUUUCCAUUUUGUGUUUCUGUACUUAACCAUAACACUGUAGAGAUUCCCCCUACCCCACGCAAAGGCCUCUGAGCUCUGUAAUAUACAAAAAUUCUUGUUUGAGGCCAGGGGAUAUAAAAGGCAUAUACUUUAAAAGAAGCAUGAAAAAUACUUUUAGUAAGUAUACUCAAAUUUUAUCUACUGAAAUGCAUGUAGUAGGUUGAUACAGAAACGAGGAAGAAAAGACCUAGGUAGCUCAUAUUUUAGUACAAAAAUGACAGCAAAUGAGUUUAGGAUACUUUAGUGUUCCUUCUGCACUUGUCCUACCACAUGCAAAGACUGGUAAGCAGCAAGGUGAGACUGAAAUUCCUGAAGACUUUGUUUCAGCUUGGCACCCUCAGGGGUCUGGGUACCAUCUGCUGACUUUGAUCUAGGACUAAUUCCCAGUAAUAACCCAGCACAUUUCUUUAAUGUGUUUCAAGGGCCUGCUGUAAUGGAGGCAACCCUUUAAGGUCUUCACGUUCAGUUUCCCUUUGACUGUCUGGUACCUUUCGUUGUGUAGAUGCCUCUACAAAAGUCCUAAAUUCCAAAUUCUCAGAGAAGAUGUAGGUCAGGGUUCUGUUCAGGCAGGCACAGUGUUAAGGGAAUGCCCUGGGCUUAUUUGGAAACUUUGGAGGCUGGGAUCACUGUUUCUCCAAGACUUCUCCCCUUGCUGGGAGGAUUGCAUCGUGGGGCACCUCAGAUCUAGUGUGGCCUACCUGGCAGCAGAUACAGUAUGCACAGCAUCUCAUUCAGUCCAUAAGAACAGCCCUACUGGGUGUUAUCAUCCCUUUUGACACACUAGAAAGCAACUGUCCAAAAACCAGCCAGGAGGCAGAAGUGAACUCACUGGAAUUUACCACCUUUUUCUCCAAACCCAGUUCUGUUUCUGCCCUUCAAGCCCUGGAGAGGGGCUGCCCUCCCCCUGUGCUGAGUGGACUCCAGUGAGACCUGGAGUCCACUUCUCUGCUGAGACUCCCUCCUGUCGAGCAGGAUUCAACAUUUGGUGUUUUGCCAGAAAGUUCGUUAUUAGAGCUGCAAAUAGAAAUGAUCAAUUUUUCUUUUCCUCCCCAAAUGGAAAUAGCACUCAACUUCCUUUAAAACGAACUUCCUAAUUUUAUCUUUGGUUGUAGUACAAAAAAAUGUACAAAAACUUAGAAAACCACAGAGUUGGAGAUUUUCAAAACAUUGUUGGCUGACUAUCAGAGAUGGCCUUAGAUUUUGCUUUGGGGGGCAUGAGUAUAAUAUAGGAAAAUAUCUUUUCUCAGGGAGUGGGGCUUUCAGGGUUGAUUUCUUGUGACUGGGAUUAGAGCCGUGCAUUUGUACAUUUGUAUUUUUUACUCUCUACAUCUUGUCUUAUAGUUGCAGCUCUUGGAUUUGACCUGUGAUUAUAGAUGGGGCUUCUGAUCUGAUCUCUUUUCUUUUGAUGAGCAUAGGAGGAAAUCAGCUUUGCUGAUGACAUCCUGGGGACAUAGUAAAUCCAGUUCAUGUGAAGGGACUUCAACAUCUAAUACAUUUAGUCCCUCAUCUUGUAUCCCAGAGAGGGUAAAUGGUGGCUAACGUCACCCCAGCCCAGUUUCCUGACUCUGAGUCUCACCCUGCCUCACACAGCACCCUCAGAGAUUUGGAUGGGGAAUGGUGGCUAAGGGAGGGGCAGUGACUGGUCUGAGGUUCCCUAUUUGGUAGAGAGGUUGGGACUGCAUUGCACUAUAUUCCCUGAGCUCUUACAGGUACAUUCACUUUUCAUGAACUCAGUUAUAUCUCAAAUAUACUCAGAAAACUAGCUUUUAAAAAUUUUCCAUUGUAAUUGUAAUGUGAGUAAUCUCUAAUUGGCGUUUUCUUUGGCAAGGAUAGGGGACAUUCAUUCAGAUUUUCACCUUUGGGAUUUCCUGAGGCUCGCUCGGACUAGCUCAGGAUUUUUUCUCCACUCAGUGCCUGUAAAGCCCUGGAGUUGACAGGGCAGAAGUCAUGACAUUGAGUAGCUUGUGGAGUGAGGGGGGAUCAACUAUCAGAACUCCACAUUUCAAUUCCUUUUUGGGGAGAGGAAGGAGGGUGAUGAAAGAUAAGUCUCAUGUAUUUGCAUUGUGAGCCCAGAGUCUCCACCAGUGGGGACAGUCCAGAUGGACUGGGGUUUCUGGAACUUCUCUACAGAGGAAUUGAGACCUCCCGUGCUUCUCUAAGUAAAUGAUGGGUUUGGUGUUCCCAUUGGAAUCUGGCUGUAAAGUCAGUGCCAUAGCUGAGUGAGCACGAUCAUAUCAGUUAAGAGCGGAAAGUAGUAGCCUGCUGACAUUUUCCUCUCCAGUGUCCCCAUGCUUAUCUGCUAGAGCCCUUGAGGCAGGCCAAAGAGGCUGGCUCUCCUUCAGGCUCCUAAGGUGUUGCAUUAUUGAAAACUCUGGAAUCUGCUACAGUCCUCUCUGUUUCCACCAGCAGUGAAUAGAAUAACAAAAAGAACCUGCUGAAUGCAAUGGCCUGAUGCUUUGUGCAGCAAUCCAAGCUCACCUGGGCAGGUAUUGGCAGGAAGUACACAGAGCCAUGGAGUCUUGACGUCUCUUGUCUCUCCCCUUCUCUGUCCAGUUCUUGCUGUCCUCUGCAGCCACCUCAAGGGCUAAAUCAUUGAAUGAGUCCCUUAGUUCCUCCUUAUAAACGCAGUGAUUUAUUUGUGAUGCUGAGUCUAAUCCCAGGUUAAGAAACAAAGGCUUGUGAUCUGACCUGCUCCUUGUUCUGCCCUUUGCCUUGUCCAGGGGUGGGAGAAGUUUCUAGCAAUUUUGACUCUCUGUUUGCUGCCUGGUGCUUUUCAUUUGUUUUGUGUGUAUGUGUUUUGUUUUUUUUUAAACCAAAAUUGCAUUGGUUGGGUCGUCGUUGUCAAGUAUGUAUUUAUUGUGUUUUACAAACAUGAGUAUAUAUGUAUGUAUGUGUAUAAAAGCAAACUUAUAUAUAAAAAGUCAAGGCAUGUAUACUAGAUAUUUUAAAGAGUUAUUUAUCAAGGGGAAAAGAUGUGUGUUAUAAACAGAGUCUAUAUUUUAUAUAUAAUGUAGAUAGCAAAAAUAGCUUAUAAAUUAUAGAAGGUUUUGGUUUUUCUUUUUUAUUAUUAAAGCAAAAAAAUAAAAAGAAAAGGACAAUGAAUGCAACUGUUCCUAGUGUUUUAAAAGACAAACUACUGUGGGAGUUGGGAGCCAGUCUUCCCUGCUGGGCCUGCCAGCAGGUUUGGCGACCAUUACCCUGGCCCACCCAGCAGAUCCCCGUUACUGCUUACAAGACGCUGGGGCCAGGGGGUCACAUCCCUCUGCCUGCUCGCCUGUGUGGCUCCAAAUGCGGCCCCUCGCUCUUCUCCACAAUUUGCAUUGGUGGGAUAAAGAAAACAAGUGGCAAAUAAAGAUUUAAAAGCA